GAGAGCUCAUCUGUUGCUUGGCUGUGUUUCUCACUGCUGUCUUUUACCUCCAUGUGCCGUGGCGGUGAUGGCUCCCCGUCCUCUCUCCGACUGGCUGCGUGACUCCAAUGGCUGCUUCUGUCUGGCAACAUCAUGACAACAGAGAAAAGUUUAGUGGUCGAGGCUGAAAAUUCUCAGCACCAGCAACAGACGGAAGAGGGCGAGGGAGCCACAAACUCAGGACAGCAGGAAGCUCAACUGGAAGAGGCUUCUCAAGCAGCAGCUGAAGGGGACAAUCAGUGUGAGCAGAAGCUGAAGACAUCCAAUGGAGACACUCCGACUCACGAAGACCUGAACAAGAACAAGGAUCGGACAUCCGAAAGCAGAGGCCUCUCGCGACUGCUCUCCUCAUUUCUCAAAAGGCCCAAAUCUCAGGUCUCUGAGGAAGAAGUCAAAGAGGGAGAGUCAGAUAAAGAAAGAGGUGAAGGAGGUCAGAAAGAGACAGAAUUUGGAACCAGUCUUGAUGAAGAAAUUAUUUUAAAGGCCCCAAUUGCUGCACCUGAACCUGAGCUCAAAACAGAUCCUUCCUUGGACCUUCAUUCAUUAAGCAGUGCAGAAACACAGCCAGCUCAGGAAGAACACAGAGAAGAUCUAGAUUUUGAAACUAAGGAAGGAGAAGGAAUUGAAGAGUGCUCCAAAACAGAAGUAAAAGAAGAUCCUGAGUCAAAAACAGAAAGAGAAUUAAAAGCUUCCCAGAAAUCAGUCAGACGACACAGAAACAUGCACUGCAAGGUUUCUUUGUUGGAUGACACAGUUUAUGAAUGUGUCGUGGAGAAACAUGCUAAGGGACAAGAUUUGCUUAAAAGAGUAUGUGAACACCUCAAUCUUUUGGAGGAAGACUACUUUGGUCUAGCCAUUUGGGAUAGUGUAAGCUCUAAGACAUGGCUGGAUUCUGCCAAAGAAAUCAAAAAGCAAGUUCGAGGUGUCCCAUGGAAUUUUACAUUCAACGUAAAGUUUUAUCCACCUGAUCCAGCACAGUUAACAGAGGACAUAACAAGAUAUUAUUUAUGUCUUCAGCUUCGACAGGACAUUGUUGCAGGACGUCUGCCCUGUUCCUUUGCAACCUUAGCAUUAUUGGGUUCUUACACCAUCCAGUCUGAACUGGGAGACUACGAUCCAGAACUCCAUGGUGUGGAUUAUGUUAGUGAUUUUCAUCUGGCCCCAAAUCAGACCAAGGAACUUGAAGAGAAGGUCAUGGAACUGCAUAAAUCAUACAGGUCCAUGACUCCAGCUCAGGCUGACUUGGAAUUUCUUGAGAAUGCCAAAAAGUUGUCUAUGUAUGGUGUCGAUCUGCAUAAAGCAAAGGACUUGGAGGGAGUGGAUAUCAUCCUAGGUGUCUGCUCUAGUGGCCUUUUGGUUUACAAAGAUAAGUUGAGAAUUAACCGUUUUCCUUGGCCCAAAGUACUGAAGAUUUCUUAUAAACGCAGCAGCUUUUUCAUCAAGAUCCGGCCUGGAGAGGACAUCCUCAGGAGUGACUUUCUUCUGCAAGAACAAUACGAAAGUACCAUUGGAUUCAAACUUCCCAGUUACCGAGCAGCUAAGAAAUUAUGGAAAGUCUGUGUAGAACAUCACACAUUUUUCAGACUGACAUCUACAGACACCAUUCCCAAAAGCAAAUUUCUUGCCCUGGGAUCCAAAUUUCGAUAUAGCGGCCGGACUCAAGCUCAGACCAGGCAAGCUAGUGCUCUGAUUGACAGGCCUGCCCCACACUUCGAGCGCACAGCAAGCAAACGGGCAUCCCGGAGUCUCGAUGGAGCAGCAGCUGCUGAUUCAGCAGACCGAAGUCCUCGGCCCACCUCUGCACCAGCCAUUGCUCAGAGUCAGGUCACUGAGGGCAACGGCCCAGAGGAAUCUGCCAAAAAAACACCAAAGGAAACAGUGAAGGUUGAAGGGAAAAGAGAAGAGGAGCCACCGGAGCAAGCUGAGCCAGAGCCCACAGAAGCAUGGAAGGUGGAAAAAACCCACAUCGAGGUCACAGUACCCACCUCAAAUGGUGACCAAACACAGAAGCUUGCAGAAAAACCCGAAGAUCUGAUAAGAAUGAGGAAGAAAAAGAGAGAGAGACUAGAUGGUGAAAACAUUUAUAUCAGACAUAGCAAUUUAAUGUUGGAGGAUUUGGACAAAAGUCAAGAAGAGAUCAAAAAACAUCAUGCCAGCAUUAGUGAGCUGAAAAAGAACUUCAUGGAGUCUGUGCCAGAACCACGGCCCAGCGAAUGGGAUAAACGCUUGUCUACUCAUUCCCCGUUCCGGACGCUUAACAUCAACGGGCAAAUCCCCACAGGAGAAGGAAGUAUAAAUGGCAUUCGCACCGAGGAGGUGGCUGUCGUGACAAAAGGGUCAUCUACUAACCCUGACUCUGAAUGGGAGGGCCCCAAGCAGUUGGUAGUUCCUAGUGAGAGCCAGAUGACCACCCCAUCAGCGUCUCCACAGAGCUUUAACCUUGGCUCCCUCUCCACAAGCAGCAAGGAGACAGAGCAGAAGGAACAGGGGGCAGCUGGCUCUCCUGAUACUAAGGAGAUGCUAAGAGGCCCAAGUGGGGAAUGUCCAGGAGUGGAGGGACAGGCCAGUGUCUUAACACCCUCAGUAACACCAGCUUCCUGUCAGCUGCAACUUGGUGAAAAAAAGGCAGACAGUAGUGAAGAACAUGUCACACCAGGAGAGCCACUUGGAAAACAAAACGGAUCAUUUCUUGACUUACGUGUGGGUACCCAGUUCCCCACCCUCAUUCGAAGUUUCCAGCCCCCACUGGUGAAGACUCAAACUGUCACCAUAUCAGAUACUGCAAAUGCUGUGAAAAGUGAAAUCCCGACCAAAGACGUCCCCAUUGUCCACACCGAGACCAAGACCAUCACUUAUGAGGCUGCCCAGACUGAGGACAGCAAUGGGGACUUGGACCCGGGAGUCUUGCUGACAGCCCAGACCAUCACAUCUGAGACCACAAGCAGCACCACCACAACUCAGAUUACCAAGACUGUAAAGGGUGGAAUAUCAGAGACCCGGAUUGAGAAGAGAAUUGUGAUCACAGGAGAUGCUGAUAUUGACCAUGACCAGGUCCUUGUACAAGCUAUCAAGGAGGCAAAAGAACAGCACCCAGACAUGUCUGUGACCAAGGUGGUUGUCCAUCAGGAGACUGAGAUCGCUGAGGACUGAGCUCAGGAACUGUCCUGCCCCCAACUCCCUGCCCUUCUCCCAUCCAAGAAAAACCAGCGAUGAUACAGAGCCAACCUGCAAUAGUCAGACUUCAGACUUUCAAGAUUACUUUAAACCACCAGGAAGUUUUCAUUUUCUAUUUGGAGUUUAUACCAAGAGAUUCUUCUAGCUAUCACUGAUCCUUUUGAAGACCUUUUUCUAUAUUGUGAUAUCAGAAAUUGCUCAGCUUUUCACUCUAUGGACUAUUCCUAAAGAGUUUUUUUACGGAGCGGUUUGUAACCCCUCCAACCUAGCCUCCCCCCAUUUAUUUCCAGCCCAGAUACUAACAGGGUCCACAGAAUUCUUCAGGAAAUCCUCCAGAGACCCUGUCAGCUGUGUUGGAGGCCAAAGUCAGCUCAGUGGGACUCCCCGCUCCUGCCCUAGUUUUAUACCCUCUGGAUGACAGCGAAACUUCAUGAACCAGCUCUUUCUCAGAGCUAAGAUGCCACUUUACCAGAAUAUCAGGCAGCAUGACUGCCCUGAUCCAUAGACCCCAGAAAAAUGUCCUGUCCCUCUGUUAGAGUGUUUUUGGUGAGGCAGAGACCUCCGCUGAGAAUGUAGUGCUGUUCUCCCUCCCUCCCUCCCGCGCGCUCUGUUUUGGAGCUUCUUUUGGUCAGAGACAUAAGAAGUUGCUUCAGGUAGAUCUGAUACUGUGAAUGUUUGAACAUACCCGUGGCCUUCACCUCCCCAGUUGCCCUUGUACCUCAGCAGCAGCGGUGGCUCUGCCAAGCACUCCCCUAGGCUCCCGUCUUAGGAGACCAAAACUCACGGAAAAGUAGGCACCUUUGGCCAAAAGCUCUAAUGGAAUGUUUCAGUGGCGGUUUGGGGAAGGAAAGCUAAUGAGGUUUUUAGAAUAAGGUGUUCUAGUUCUGGGAGUGCGCACUUCAUGCUGAGGAGUGGUGCUUACCUCAGUCUUCUAAGGAGUGUUUCAGGUAACCAGGUCUGGGCCUUUCUUUUAUUGUCACAAGGGAUGUAGCUCAGACAGGAGCUGUGUUCUCUGACCUUCCUCCUGAGAGGCACCUGCCUGAGGACAUCCUUCUGGAGCAAGGGGAUUAUCGGCUUCUAGGGACCAUCCCUCCCACAGGACACCACAUGACGGGAAUAAGCCCUAGGGCUGCUCAUCCCCCCUCGCCACCUGAGGUCUGUCAGGUUUUGUGGGCUUGAUUUUGUGGUGGGUUUUAGAUUUAGGUUUUUUUAUUUGCCUUGGUUUUGAAAGUGAGGACUGAUGUCCCCAAUUCCUGGUAAGGAUUUGGGGCAUUUUUAUUCAAUAGGGCUUCUCUAAUCCUCCAGCUUGCUUCCCACAACAGAUCUGCCUGGAAGCUUCUUAGAAUCCUAAUUCUAGGCUAGAAGCGAACUUCAUGAGAUUAGUCAGUGAGUCACUGACAGCGAUCACCGGGGCUCAAGGACACUGAGCGUGAGCACAGUCUGAAGCCAGCAGCACGUGUCCAAAGUCUCUACUAGCCGAGUGUUACUUAGACAAACUCAGCUGAUGUGAACUGAUUGCGAGUGUGUGCGUUUUUUUCUUUUAGUUCUCAGGUGAGAUCACUAUUGCCAACAGGCAGCUCAGGAGGGAGGGGAGAGUCGGGGGAGUUAUGACAGGCUGGGGGGCAGCGGGUUGUUCUGUCUCAGGAGCAGAUGUACAGGCUGUGGCAUAGGGUCUGGCGUGAUGAGGCUUUCUGGGGGCCCAAGCCAGGACUGUGUUGUCAGGUUUGAACCCCUGUCCCAUCAAACAGACGGAUAAUGAGCUUACUUUCAAGUGGUCAGGUGUCCUGCCGAAGGAGCUACCAAUGCUCACGAUGCGGAAACCUAGAGCUGGGCGCAGUGGUAUGCACCCAGGAUCCCGGCUGCUUGGGAGGCUGAGGCAGGAGUUUUGUAAGUUUGUAUCCAGCCUUAGCAACAGAGCAAGACCCUAUCUCCAAAACAAACAAAAACUGGAGACCUGUGGGAGGAAGAGGAUGGGCGAAGGGAGGGGCACAUGCAUGUCUCUUCAGCAUCCCCAAUGUUCUGUGCUCUCCAGAUCAGUGUGGCAGCCUUCAUAGCACAGGACCUCGCAUCUGGGGGCCUAAGCUUUCCUCAGCUCUGCCGCCAGCUCCCUCCUCCUCUGUCAGUUGAACCAGAAUUACACUAACUUCCUCCCAGGCCGCUUCCCCUUCCUCCCAUUCUGGCAACAGAUCUUGGAGUUUGGCAAUUGUUUGGAUUUUUUUUUUU